CUCAGGUCACUGCUCCUCAUGCUGCUGGCCAUGCUGUCAGCCAGCAGUUCUGCCCAUGGGAAGGGGGUACAACCUGGAGUCAAGACAGAGAACCUCUUCAAGCAAGCGUAUGCUGGAUGCCUGACCCAAAAAGAUGCAAAAUUCCCUCAAACUGUGAGAGUCAACAUAAGUAUCAGCAACGGGAACCAGGACACCAAAACUAGUUUUGACGUCAGCAACCGCUCUCUGGCUCCCUGGGAUUACAGGAUUGACGAGGAUCACAACCGCUUCCCCCGGGUGAUUGCUGAUGCCAAGUGCCGCCACUCCAGGUGUGUGAAUACAGAUGGGCAGCUGGACCACAGUGUCAACUCUGUCCCCAUCAAACAGGAGAUCCUUGUCCUCCGGAGGGAGCAGAAGGGCUGCCACCAAUCAUUCCGGUUGGAGAAGAAAAUCAUCACUGUGGGCUGCACAUGUGUCACCCCCUUGAUCAGACACCAGGCUUAAAGGGAACCAGUAGUGUAAGAGCA